AUGAUGCGCAGGUGUCUUGUGGAGGUCGCCGCGGCGAUGCAGUGUGGCUGCACCGCUACCCUGGCGGCACCCUUCGCCCCCUCCAUCUGCGGAGGUACCCGCAAAGCUCCCGUGGCGGCUGUGGCGUGCUCGCUGCUGGGAUCGAGCACCGCUGCGCACCCCGUGUUGACGACGAGCUGCCGAUGGCAGUCGACGGGCGUGACGCCGUGGAGUAGCAGCGGCAACAACGAUGGAGGCGGUAACGGCGGUCAGCAGCAGGGGCGCACGUGGGUGAACCCGAACGCCGUGCCACCGGGCGAGUUCCUGAAGAAGUACGCGCGCGACUUGACUGAGGAGGCGCGCAUGGGUCGACUAGACCCCAUCGUGGGCCGCGAGGAGGUUAUUCGACGCACCGUCCAGGUGGUCUCGCGGCGCACCAAGAACAACCCCGUGCUGAUCGGCGAGCCUGGUGUUGGUAAGACGGCCAUCGUCGAGGGCCUGGCACAGCGGAUCGUGAAGGGCGAGGUGCCAGAGAGCAUCAAGGACCGCCAGGUGUACGCGCUGGACAUGGGUACUCUCGUUGCCGGCGCCAAGUUCCGCGGCGAGUUUGAGGAGCGUCUCAAGGGGGUGCUCAAGGACACCAUACAGUCGCAAGGAAAGGUCAUCCUGUUCAUCGACGAGUUGCAUACGUUGGUCGGCGCCGGCUCCUCGGGCGAUGGGUCGAUGGACGCGGCGAACCUGCUGAAGCCGUCGCUGGCGCGUGGCGAGCUGCGCUGUAUCGGCGCCACCACGCUGGACGAGUACCGCCAGCACAUCGAAAAGGAUGCCGCGCUGGCCCGCCGCUUCCAGUCGGUGCUCGUCACGGAGCCCACCGUGGAAGAGACCGUCUCCAUUCUGCGCGGUGUCAAGGAGAAGUACGAGGUGCACCACGGCUGCCUCAUCAAGGACGAGGCCCUCGUCUACGCCGCAGUCAACUCCCACCGCUACCUCUCGGAGCGUCGUCUGCCUGACAAGGCCAUCGACCUGAUCGACGAGGCGGCUAGCCGCCUGCGCCUGCAGCAGGAGUCGAAGCCGGAGGCGCUUGACCUCAUCGAGCGCGAGCUGAUCCGCCUGAAGAUCGAGGCAGAGGCGGUGAAGAAGGACAAGGACGAGGUGGGCAAGGAGAAGCUGGUAAACCUGUACGAGCAUAUUUCGCAGAAGCAAAGGGAGUACGACGUGCUCGAGGAGCGGUGGAAGCGGGAGAAGAGUUUGUUCCAGACAAUCAAGCAGCACACCGAGGAGCUCGACGUGCUGCGGCACCACCUCGAGAAGGCGAUGAACAGCGGCGACUUUGCCAAGGCGGGCGAGAUCCAGCACAGCCAAAUUCCGAACCUGCUGAAGCAGAUCGAGAAGGAGAAGCACCUCGCCAGCUCGAAGAACUUCAUGGUGCACGACAGCGUCACCUCAAAGGAUAUCGCUGAGGUGAUUGCCCGCGCGACCGGCAUCCCGGUGGCGCAGCUCAUGACGAGCGAGCGGGAGAAGCUGAUUCACAUGGAUGCGGAGCUCAAGAAGACGAUUAUGGGCCAGGAUGCGGCUAUCGAGUCGAUUACGAAUGCCGUGCGCAUCUCUCGUGCCGGCCUGCACUCGCACAAGCGCCCGCUGGGCUCCUUCCUGUUCCUUGGCCCCACCGGCGUCGGUAAGACGGAGGUGUGCAAGAGCCUCGCCAAGUUCCUCUUCGACGACGAGUCGUUCAUCUGCCGCAUCGACAUGAGCGAGUACAUGGAGCGGCACUCGGUGCACCGUCUCAUCGGUGCCCCGCCGGGGUACGUCGGCUACGAGGAAGGCGGGGAGCUGACAGAGUCGGUGCGGCGCCGCCCGUACCAAAUUGUGCUCUUCGACGAGUUUGAGAAGGCUCACCCAGGCGUGUCGAACAUCCUCCUUCAAGUGCUGGACGAGGGGCACCUCACCGACAGCCACGGCCGCCGCGUCGACUUCAAGAACACCAUCAUCAUCCUGACCUCCAACAUCGGUGCCGACGUCAUUGCCCGCCUGCCGGAGGGGGUGCCGAGCAGCAAGGCGAUGCCGGCUGUCAUGGAGCAGGUGCGGCAGCGCCUGACGCCCGAGUUUAUCAACCGCCUGGACGACAUCGUCAUGUUUAACCGCCUCAGCCGCGAGGACAUUCGCAACAUUGUGGUGACUUUGAUGGCGCAGGUGCAGAAGCUGCUGACGGAGCACAACAUCACACUGGAGGAGUCCGAGGCGGUGUACGACUGGCUCAGCGCCAAUGGCUACAGUGCCGUGUACGGUGCGCGUCCACUGAAGCGUCUCGUGCAGAGCGAGCUGCUGAACCAACUGGCGCUGAUGCUGCUUGAUGGCCGCAUCCGCGAGGGUGAGCAUGUGAAGCUGUCUGUGCAGGACGAUCAUGUUGUGGUGGUCGCCAAUCACAAGCUCUCUCCCGAGAAGGGGCUGAGUGACGAGCAGCUGCUCGAUCAGUGA